GGGGGGCGCCUGUCAUCACUGGGGAGCGACGCGUGCGUGCUGCGGGGCGCACUCUGACCCGGAGACGACCCCUGGCCCCUGCGCUCCCUCCCUCGCCGCGAAGAUGGCGCUGUCCAGGGUGUGCUGGGCUCGCGCUGCUCUUUGGGGCUCAGCCGUCGCCCCUGGACCCUUUGUCACCCGCAGACUGCCGCUGGGUCGCUCUGGCUCUGCGUGGCGAGCCCCUCGGUCUUCAAGGCUGCAUCUUUCUCCAAAGGCAGAUGUGAAGAACUUGAUUUCUUAUGUGGUGACCAAGACAAGAGCGAUUAAUGGGACGUACCAUCGUUUCUUGGGUCGUCAUUUUCCCCGCUUCUAUGCCUUAUACACAGUCUUCAUGAAAGGAAUACAGAUGUUAUGGGCUGAUGCCAAAAAGGCUAGAAGAAUAAAGUCAAAUAUGAGGAAGCACAAUGUAAAGUUUCAUCAACUUUCUUACCGGGAGAUGGAGCAUUUGAGACAGUUCCGUCAAGAUGUCACCAAGUGUCUUUUCGUAGGUAUCAUUUCCAUUCCACCCUUUGCCAACUACUUGGUCUUCCUGCUAAUGUACCUGUUUCCUAGGCAACUACUUGUUAAACAUUUCUGGACCCCCAAACAACAAAUUGAUUUCUUAGACAUUUAUCACAGUCUCCGGAAGCAGUCCCACUCAGAAAUCAUUACUCAUUUAGAAAGGGCCAGCACUCUUGUUUCUGAUGAGAGGCUGCGGUGGCACCUGACAGACCUGUGCACCAAGGUGCAGAAUGGCGCCCACCCAACAGCACAUGACAUCCUGGCUCUCAGAGAGUGCUUCUCUACCCAGCCCCUGGGUUUGAAUCAACUCCAGUCUCUGCACAUGAGAUCCCUGAGCCGGGCCAUCCUCCUCACCCCUUACCUGCCUUCUGCCUUGUUGAGGUGGCGUUUGAAGAGCCACAGCACUGUGAUUCACCAGCUGGACAGGGCUCUGGCAAAGCUGGGGAUUGGCCAGCUGACUGCUCAGGAAGUGAAAUCGGCUUGCUAUCUUCGUGGCUUGAAUUCUACCCAUAUUGCUGAUGAUAGGUGUCGGACUUGGCUGGGAGAAUGGUUGCAGAUUUCCUGCAACCUAAAAGAAGCUGAGCUGUCUCUAUUGCUGCACAACGUGGUCCUGCUUUCCACCAACUACUUUGAGACAAGGCGCUGAGUGAACCAUGGAGAGAAUGACAUUGUCCUGCAGUUGCAUAGUAUAGUAGUGUGGGACCAAAGAGCACUUGUCAGCAGUCUGCACUGUUAGUGUGGCAGGCAGUGGCACACACUUCCCAUCUGGGAGCUACAAACAUUCCCUCACAGCUUGAACUAAACAAACACCUGUGUGGUGCCAUCCCAACAUGCUAACCUGGAACUGGCAGCACCUCUGGUACUAGACUUAUUGCGAUGUAAUGCUUAGGUCCUAUUAAGUCAGUUUUUGCCCAGGUGGGAAUCACUUGGCCUAAGAUUCAUGACUGCCAAGGUUUGUUUUUAAUUUCUAUUUUUUCCCCCUGAGAUGAGUCUAUGUUGCCCGGGCUGGCCUCACAUUUCUGUGCUCAAGGGAUCCUCCCAACUCAGGUUUCUGGGUGCUGGGACUACAGGCGCUGGAGUACAGGAUGAAGCACCACACAAAGCCCUGUAAGGUGUGAGGAGCUGACCAAGGGCUUUGUUGUGCUAGCCAAGUGUGCUCCACUCAGCCUCUUUCACUAGAGAAUUUCGGGGUGCCAAGAACACCGCUGCUUAGACUGGAGCACUAACACCUGGGCCUGCACCUCGACACCCCUGCUGGUCUUUUCUUAUCCCUGCACUCCCCACUUCUUUUCUUGGUCUUUUUGAAACAGAGUCUCACUAUAUAGCCCAGGCUGGCCUGGAAUUCACUAUAUAGCCCAGGAUGCCUUUCAGUUCCUGGCACAGCCUCCUGGGUACGAUGAUUAUAGGAAUGAGCCACUAUGCCUGGCCCAUCCUUUUUGAUGUGACCAAAAGUAGGGACACUUUUCCUCUUCACUAGCAUGGACCGUUCACCCUCUUUCUUUUAUUAUUCUAUGAAUUUUUUUUAAACUUAUUCUAAAGGAGAUGAAAAGGAAAAGAACCUGCUGCUUGGCCCCUCCCCUACACUUAUCCCCCAGUGUCUUAAUUUUCAGGCUGUUACACAGCCCCUAAGGACCUUAUGUGUUUGCUACCUCCACUGUGUUGCACUAAGCCAUCUGUAGCCAGCAGUGGCUGCCUUCUUUAAUUCAUGGGUCACUCACAUAAGGUACUCAUUACUGCCAAGCUGGGAGACGAGAUCUGCACAAGAUAGUAAGCUGGGUUUGGCUGUUGUGUGUACAUCCAUGAUAACUUACUGUAAAUGCAUGAAGCACUGUUUUUAAACCCAAGUAAAGACUGCCUGAAAUCA